AUGAGUUGCACCGCUAUGAUAUCUGAUUUCAUGCCCCUUAAAUAACAAGCACUUGAAUUUAUUAAAAUUUUUAUUAUUACUUGGAAAAUUUACCCUAUUUCUAAGAUUUGCGUCGCAUAAAAAAGUAUAAUGGCUAGGCCCCUUUCUGCACACGCUCGUUUAACUGGUAAUGUUAAACCAGAGGCCAGUUACCCUCGUAGACUUACAGCGCCCAACAACAAGCACACUUUAGAACUGCAGUUCCACAACAAAAAGAAAAUGCUGUCGACAUUGACGAACUCCAUUAUGGAGAAACAUAAUUCGGCCCUCCAGUUGUACGAAGACCUGGUGACAAUUAAGCACAAGUUAAGUCGUCUGGGAAAGAACGUGAUGUUGGAGGAGCUUAUUGUGGUCAAUUGUCAAUUCUCUCAAGAAUUAAAGGAGCACCAGCGAAUUCUACCACUUAGAGAGCUGGGAGCUGGUGAAGCUAUUCCAGCUGUGGAUGUGAAAACGUGCCUGGAGGAGACACCACGCAAGUUAAUGGAAAUUUGUCACAACUUACUCAAUGACAGAUCUUCCAUUGAGGAGUUAUUGGAGAAAGUGGCCACGUCUGAAAUGACGGUCGAUGAGUUUUCGAGGAGCUUCCAUGAUUUAAAAUUGGAUAGCUCCAAUAUUCAGGACACUUUGCGUUCAUUAACUGACACGUACGAGGAAAAAGUCAAUGAUUUUGUAGUAAAACGAUUGGCACAAGGAGGUGCAAAAAUUGAUAAACAAAUUCCGGAUGCUGAUGGUGUGAAGAAGUACUUAAAACAAAAUAAGUUUCUUUUGUCUCAAGCAGCGAUGCAUGACAAAGUUAUCAAAGAUCUGGAACAAAAGAUAAAGACUUUAGAGCAUGGAAUUGACUGUGAGAAAAAAACCGUUUCGGAUUUUAAAACUAGGACAGCCAUGAACGUCCAAACCAUAAAUAUAUUAAAAUCUAAAAUAAGAACUUUAGAGAGUAAAAUUAAAACAACUGAGGAAGAAAACAACAGUCUUACCAAGAAGAUAAAAAAUACGCAGGACUCUCUCAAGGUGAGAGAGACAAAAUGGUUGAAGGAACGAGAUGAAAUGCGGAAGAACAUGAAGGAGAAGGAUCAGAUCCUACAGAACAUGUUAUCAGAGAGACAGGAUUUCGAAUUAAAACGUGAUGAGACGGAUGCAAAAGCGGAGAGAUUGGAGGGAUACAUUACCGAAAUGCGUGAACUGAACAAACAGAUGGCUGAAGUAGACAAACAACUUAAACGUGAAAGAGAAGAUAAACUAGAAAUUCAAGUCCAAUGCGAAAAGAUGACUAUGGAACUGAUACACAUCCACAAGAAUAUUGAGUAUCAGCGUGAAUUUGCCAUGAUGCAUCAAGGUCCAUUUUGUCUAACCGCUAUAAAUGUGAACGAUAUCAAAAAUGAAGUACCUAAGCAAAACUUAGAAUUAGAUAAUUUACUGAAGAGGGUUAAUCAAUUGGAGAAGGAAAGACUUGAGAAGGUCAACGUUCAGAAAAAAGACGAGUCAGUGGAAGUUCUAGACAACAACAGCAUUAUAGUUGAUCGACAUUUAUGGGACAACAUGAACAAAUUCAUCGUACUAAAAUCCAAAGAAAUAAGCGAAUUAAAAUCGCAAUACACUCAGAUGUACGAUUUGGUAACAUCAGAGUCUCAACCUCCAUCUGAGAUAGAAAAAUUGAUACAGGAGUAUCAGGAACAAGCUACAGCUCAUGUACAUGAAUUCUUAGAGAACCAAAAGAACGCUGACAACUUUUUGUUUAUAAUCAGCGAUCAACUGAAGCGUAUCAAUGAAAUAGAAACAAUGCUGUGUCACAAAAAUUACAAUGUCAAGCAUUUGAAAAGGUCGAGGGAGGUUUUGCUUAUUGAGAAGAAUCUGCUUUUUAAAUUCAUUAAUGAACUCAGAAAGUGUGGGAAAUUGGUAAUUGAGAAUUGUACUCUUAAAGAUCAGACCGUCAUAGAUCUGAAGAAUCAGAUCGACUACCGAGAUCAAGAUAUCGCUAAACUGAAGAAGGAAGUGGCGAACCUUUCAAAAUUCAAGUAGACAAUAAAAAUGUUUAAUAAAUAAAAUAUAUUUUCAUGUACAUCAA